UCUGCAUAUCUGCGGCACAGUGAAGACAUCUUUUAACAGGAAGACAUCGGUGUAUUCGUUAUAAUCGUACAAUUCCUUCUCUUGCUACUAACACACAAGUUCAUAUCAAAGUUUUGUAAUAAUUGUCUUUACUACGCGUGUGUAUUUCCAGCAAUUUUCUCUCUCUCUCUCUUUCCCUUCCAUUCCGUUUUAAUUUGAUCUUGUUAAUUAUCUUCGAAAUAGAAUAAAAGAAAGAGAGAGAGAGAGAGAGAGAGAGAGAGAGAGAGAGAGAGAGAGAGAGAGAGAAAACAAUUGAAUGGGAUUGUUUAAAGAAAAAGAAGAUAAGAGUUAAUCAAGGUUCCUCGCUCUUGAAAAGAGAUCGGAUGUCAAUAGGUUUGAUCGUGACAAAACGGCAGUGGUCAUUGCAAAAGAAAAUUCGAAAAGGAAAAUAUAUUUUAGGAUGUUGACGUGCUGGGAGAAGAUCUCUUUGGUUGUCCUCACUGCUGUGGGUCUGAGAAUUUUAAUAAGAGGAGGCCUAUUGGCUUGGAAAAAGUUAUUAGCACCUAAUUUAGGCUUAGGUGUAGAUUUAACGAGUCAAGGUAGAUGGGCAGUAAUCACGGGGGCAACCGAUGGACUCGGAAAAGCUUUCGCUAAGGCUUUUGCUAGUAAAGGACUCGACAUUGUCCUAGUCUCAAGAUCAUUGGCAAAACUCAAAGAUGUUGCAACCGAGAUAAAAGAGGAAUACGGAGUUGAGACCCGUGUCGUUGAAGCUGAUUUAACCGAAGGUCAAAUGGUUUACUCUAAAAUCGCUGAAACUAUCGAAGAACUCGAGGUUGGCAUUCUUAUUAACAGCGCUGGAAUGAGUUACGAGCAUCCAGAAUUUCUAACAAACAUGCCAGAAGAUACGCUAAAUAAAAUAUUACAAUUGAACGUGGCUGGUCUUACCGGUACCACAAGGGUGGUUCUACCAGGCAUGAUAAAAAGACGAAAGGGUGUUGUCAUUAAUAUCAGCUCGAUAACGGGUGAUAUUCCAAGUCCAUAUUUAACAGUCUAUGCAGCUAGCAAAGCUUACGUCAUUAAAUUUAGUGCCGAUUUAGCUGCGGAAGUAGUUUCGAAAGGUGUUACCGUGCAGUGCAUCAUUCCCGGAGCAGUUGCCACCAAGAUGACCAAAAUCAAAAAGCCAACAUGGAUGGCACCGACACCUGAUAAGUUCGUCGAGGCAACCUUGAAAACUGUAGGAAUCGAAUCGCUAACAACUGGAUAUCCUCCGCACUAUUUGGUCUACGGAUUUAUGAAGACUCUGAUAUGCGUAUGUGAGAAGGGUGCUAUGUGGUUAGUGACCAGGACGAUGCUCAAUUUAAGAGGACGUGCUCUUCGAAAAAAGACGAGGGAACAAAAGCAAAUGAAAGAAAUACCGCAAAGCGAUGAUCUCCUUACGGAAUAAAUUCCUCCAAGCCAUUUUUCAAGUUAUUUUCUCAUCUAUUACUAUCGUAAUUCGCAGGAUCUCUCUUACUACGUAAAAUGAUAAUAUUACUUAUUAAGUACACGUGUGUGUGUGCGUGCGUGCUUGCGUGCGUGCGUGCGUGUAUCUGUGUGUCUGUAUGCAGUGAAUUUUAUUGCAAACGUAUUGCAUUUCAUUCUUAGAGAAAAAUAAUUUUACUUACGAGGAAACACCAGUGUCAAUUUUUCAAAAAAUAGAUUUCCUUUCGAAAUAGACCCAUGAAGGAAAUUGUUCCUUUAUGAUAUGCACUACAUAUAUAUAUAAUAUAUAAAUUUAUAAUAAAAUUUACAAAAUAAAUAUUUACCUAUAUAUCGUGUGAAUAAAUGGAAAAAUUAUUGACAUAGAGUAGAAAUGUACAGAUGUCAACUACUGUACAACUACUGUACUACUACUGUACUACUACUGUACUACUACUGUAGAGAAAAGGAAUAAAAUUUCUGAGUUGUGGUGGCAUGUGGUGGGAUGAAAAGUGAAGAGUCUAUUAUGCAGAGGAGUGCAAAUUUUUAUCAUGUUUUUUAAAAGGUUUCGUUACAAGAUUUUUUCAUACUUACACGGAAGAAAUUGUAAUAUAUAACUUAUAUAUAAUAGAAAUGUACUGUGUCUAUUACGUGUAAAAGGGCUGAAAAUUUUUACAUAUCUUUCUUGGUAGAUAACGUAACAUCAUUACUCCAUCAGUAAUAUUUAAAAUCGAACAAAUGCCUAUCGUCUUAUGCUAAAAAACCAGCGUCUUUGUCGGCAGAUCUAAAAGAUAAGACGGCUACGCUUACCGUCUCCUACAAUAUAUUAUAAUAAUAUUCUUUUUGAUGAGAAUAUCCCCCUCCACAGUCAGCACUGCACAGAAACGUUAAAACAUAUUUAUAUUAAUUUAAACAAUUAUAUUAAAUUUAAAAAAA